UCGAACGCGUCGCGGCGGUCUCUGCAGCGCGAGCAGAAGCGCGAUUCAUCAACAACACAGCAAGCUCACAGACCUCCAAAACCCCCAUAACUGCGACCAAAACCGAAAAUUAAACUCUGCACGACGAUAAAAUUAGGUGCUGUGAUGGAUAAAAUCUUUCUGGACUCGUAGGAGACGGAAGUCGGUUCAUUCCUGGUAGUUUGUGAGCUAACGUACAGUCCGUUAGCUGUCAACAGGUGAAUCAGAUCUGUGAAGUAAACAAUAAUGUCAUCCAGAGCUCUGUGGCAGCAGCCGUAUGUGAACAUCUUCAAACACAUGAAGAUAGAAGAAUGGAAGAAAGUCAGCAAAGAGGGAGACAUCACCACAUACAUGGAUAAGAGCCUGAAGUGUUCUGUGUUCCGGAUCCGUGGCUCCAUACCAGCCAGUAACUACAUCCUCCUGCCCAAAACCAGCAGCCAGUCUCUGGGUCUCACCGGACGGUACCUUUACCUGCUGUUCAGACCCAGCCCAAACAAACACUUCAUUGUGCACCUAGACAUUGCUGCUGAGGAGGGUCAGGUGAUCCGUGUGUCGUUCUCUAACGUGUUCAAAGAGUUCAAGUCCACGGCGACAUGGCUGCAGUUCCCGUUUCUGUGUGGAGCUACACACGGUUCAGUGUAUGAGAAUACGGCCUGUACUGCUAAACAAGGUUUAGUGGGCCUCGCGCCGCCGAACACGAGGUGGACGUGUUUGACAAUGGAUCUACGUUAUGUGCUCUCGGUUUACCUCAACAGAACCCACAGUCACCUAAAGAGCGUCAAACUCUGUGCCAAUAUGUCUGUUAAAAACAUCAUCACCAGCGACCUGCUGUUUGACCCCGGUCUGUCAUUCUCUGAGUUCAGGCAAUCUGGUGUGAUGUUGCCAGAUUGCACUGCACCGAUGCCCAGAGAAAUGUGUUUCCCUGUACCGAAAGGCCAGAGAUGGCACGACAUAUAUGAUUACAUUAGGUUUCCCUCGGAUGGAACAAAGUUACCAUUUGAUUCCAUACAAAAAGGAUCCAACAGUGAAACUAAAAUCUCAGCUGAAAAAAGUCCUCAAAGAGAAGAGAGUCGUGCUGUAAAGAUCAGUAAACCUGUAAAAGACAGAGUCUCCCUCAUCCAGCAGAUCACCACCCCCAAAUCUGCACGACGCACUAAGCAACGUUCAGCAAACCAGACAAAGCGUCUGCCUGAGUUGAAUUACACACACUCUGGGGGCUCAGAGAGCCCGGGGUCACCGGGUCAAAGGUCGCAGGCGGAUGAACAGGUCACAGUAGUGCGUGCAGACGAUGCUGGAGUACAUGUAUACGCUCAUUGCGAGGAUGAUGAUUAUACUCACACGACAGACAGUGAGGAGGAAAUCACAGUCAUCAAUGCAGCAUCUCCUCGGUCUGUCUCUCUGUCUUCUGACCAACCAGUGAAAAAAACUCAGAAGUUGUAUCCUGACCCCAUUCUGAAGCUGAACAGGAUUAUUGGCUUCGGAGGAGCUACAAUGAGAUGUGCUGUGUGGAGUUCUGAUGGAGAGGAAGUUGUGUAUCCUUGUCAUGCCGUUAUCGUCAGCAUGAUGGCUUCCUCUGGACAACAGAGAUUCUUCAUUGGACACACAGAUAAGGUUUCCGCUCUGGCGUUAAAUAUCAGCUCUACACUGUUGGCAUCAGCUCAGAUGGGCGCAAACAGUCUGAUUCGUCUCUGGAGCUACAGCGGAGGAGUGUGUCAGACCAUCAUUCCAACACACACACAUGCUCUGAAUCUGCUCAGUUUCUCUCAGAGUGGAGGAGUGCUGUGUGGUGUAGGGAAAGACAGCCACAACAAAACUACGGUGGUCCUUUGGAACACUCGGCGUGUGGCGGAAGGAAGUGUGGUUCCAGUCUUGGCUAAAGCUCAUACAGAUGUGGACAUCCAGACAAUGAAAAUAGCGUUCUUUGAUGAAACGCGUAUGGUGUCGUGUGGUUUAGGUAACAUACGUUUGUGGCGUGUACGUGGUGGUUCUCUACGCUCCUGUCCGGUGAAUCUAGGACAGUAUCACAAUUUAGAGUUUACUGACCUCGCCUUCGAGCAGGGACACACUCAGGACCGUCCAGUGGAUGAGCGCACGCUGUUUGUCAGCAGUAGGAGUGGUCACAUCCUGGAGAUUGAUUAUGCUGCUGUGGCAAUAAAAAACAUCAGGAGGCUCCUCCCAGCUCAGGAGACCCAUGCCCACCAAAGGGAGAAACAGACCUUUAGCACAGGUGCUGGUAUUGCAGUGAACAGCAUCAGUGUGUGUGAUGAAUUCUGCGUAACUGGUUCAGAGGACGGAUUCAUGCGUCUGUGGCCUCUUGACUUCUCAUCUGUUUUCUUAGAGGCGGAGCACGAGGGGCCUGUCAGUUUGGUGUGCGUGUCCUCGGACGGCUCGAAAGUUCUAGCCGCCACCACGAGAGGGAAUCUUGGGUAUCUGGAUGUCAGUAGCCGCGGUUACCGUACACUCAUGAGGUCACACACAGCGAAUGUUUUAGGUUUUAGUGUGGAUGGCGUUAGACGGCGGGUCACCACAGUGUCCAGAGACAGCACUGUACGGGUGUGGGAUAUGGACACCAUGCAACAGCUCUAUGAUUUUGUUUCUGAUGACGAUGAAAGUCCCUGUUCAGUUGCGUUCCAUCCCAGCAUGCCUCUCUUCGCCUGUGGAUCGAGCUCUGGAACUGUCAGAGUGUUUGAUAUCCAAACUUCAAGCCUAAUUGCCCAGCACAGGCAGCACUGUGGAUCAGUUGAGUGUGUGAUCUAUUCUCCUGAUGGUCAGUGUCUGUUUAGUGCUGGUGCUCUUGGAUACUUGGUACUUUAUAACUCUUCUCAACAUGACCAUCAUGUGGUCCGUGUUCUGAGUAAUGUGGUUGCAUGGAGUGUGAAUCGUGGCCCAGAUACUUUGGCAGUGAGCUCUGACAGCCGCUGUCUAGCGAUAGUCGGUCCGACCGAAUACAUUGUCACGAUCAUGGAGGCACAGUCACUUAAUGAGUUACUCCGGGUUGAUGUGAGUAUUCUGGAUGUUGAGAGCACAACGCUGGACUCCGCCCUGAAUGUUUGUUUCUCACCCUCAUCACUGUCACACCUGCUCGUCACCACAUCCGCCAAUAAGAUCCUCUGGAUUGACACACAUACAGGACAACUGCUCAGACAGGUAUCUGAGGUGCAUAAGCAUCAGUGUGUGUCUCUGGCGGUCAGUGAAGAUGGCUGUUAUUUGCUGACUGCCGGUCAGAACUCUCUGAAGGUGUGGGACUAUGACAUGCACCUGGACGUCAAUUCACAGGUGUUCAUUGGUCACUCAGAGCCCAUCAGGCAGGUGAGGUUCACACCUGAUCAGAUGGGUGUGGUCACUGUGGGCGACGCCCUCUUCUUCUGGGACUUCCUGGCACCUCCACAGGAACACUGCAAGUCUCCAGAUAUAAAAGUCUCCCCUCGUAAAUCAGCUCACAGUUGGGUGGAGCUAAAUGGAGCCGAGCUGUCCAGUGAGAGUCCUCGAAAAGCAUUGUUUCAGCCCUCCUCACCGCCCGUCAUGAAUUUUCUUUCCAGUGCUCUGAAGGACAGUGAAGGUUUCCUAUGCGAUUCCACUGCUGAACUACAGCUCAGUCCCAGGACAGGCCACGCCCACUCCUCUCCUCCCAAACACGCCUCUUUCCUCAGAGUGACAGAGUGGGUGAAGAAUGAGGACAUGCCCACACUCCCAGCUAACCAAUCAAGGACGGAGAAUAUACAAGACAGUCACACAGCAGUCCGUCCAGACUGUUAUAAACACUUCACUCCACGUUUUAAGACUUCUGUGUUAGACCAGACCACAGUAGCUCCGCCCUCAGGACAGGCGGGGCUAAGUCUCAAGGCUGUGAUUGGCUAUAAUGGCAAUGGGCGUAACAAUAUGGUCUGGAAUCCAGACACAGGUUUAUUUGUGUACACAUGUGGGUGUGUUGUCGUCGUUGAGGAUCUUCACACAGGCUCACAGAAACAGUGGUUUGGCCACACAGAGGAGAUCUCAACACUCGCUGUCACCCAUGAUGCACAGACGGUUGCGUCUGCGUCAGGUGGCGGAGCUUCUCACAGCAGCCUCAUCUGCAUAUGGAAUGCUUCCGAAGGCUCCUGUAGAAACCGCCUCUCAUACCACAAGGGGGCGGUGCAGAGCCUGACUUUUUCCAGGGAUGACAUGUACCUGCUCUCAGUGGGUGAUUUUUGGGAGCCAGUGGUGGCGCUGUGGAGCACACGAUCGUUUGAGCUGCUCUGUACCGUUCAGAUAUCCGUCCCGCUGCAUGAUGCCUCCUUCUGUCCAUUCACUGCUAAUGAGCUGACACUCAUCGGCAGCAGUGCUGUUGUGUUUACUCGAAUACAAACACAGGAUAACAGCACUGAACUUCAGGUGCAGAAAGUAAGCUUACCUGAUGCGGUCGGGCAGGCGGAGGUGACAUCACUGUGCUAUAGCACUCGCCGGGUCCUGUACACGGGCACAAACAGCGGCCACGUGUGUGUGUGGGACUGUAACACACAGCGCUGCUUUGUGACCUGGGAAGCAGAUGGAGGAGAGAUAGGUGUGUUAGUUUGCCGUGAGAAUAAGCUGGUCACAGGCAGUAACCAAAAAUUGAGACUGUGGUCUGUAGCUUCAGUCCAGAAUCUCAGUAAUGCAAAUAACAAGAGCAGCAGAACACAGGAUGAUGGCGCUCAGGUGCAGCUGGAACAAGAGCUACUGUUGGAUGGGACAGUGGUCAGUGCAGUGUUUGAUGAUGUCAUGGACAUGGGGAUUGUGGGUACGACAGCAGGAACCCUGUGGUACAUCAACUGGGCCGACAGCACCAGUAUACGGCUGAUCAGUGGCCAUAAGAGCAAGGUGAACGGUGUGGUUUGCAGUCCAGAUGAGCAGCAUUUUGCCACCUGUGGGCAGGACGGCAGUGUGAGAGUUUGGGCGCUGCAGAGCCACGAGCUGCUGGUGCAGUUUCAGGUGCUGAACCAGAGCUGUGAGUGUGUGUGUUGGUCUCCUCCAAGGGGUGUGUAUGAGCCCAGCGGGCGUGUGUGUGUUGCGGGCGGUUACAGUGACGGGACUGUGAGGAUCUUCAGUCUGGAGUCGGCCGAGAUGGAGCUGAAACUACAACCUCAGCCUGUGUCUGUGUGUGCGCUACAGUACUCGCACUACGGUCAUGUGCUGUUGUCUGGUGGUCGUGAUGGUCUCGUUACUGUCAGCAGUCCCGUCACUGGAGUCACUGUACGCACCAUCCGUGACCACAAGGGGGCGCCCAUAACUACAGUGCAGUGCACCAGCAAACAGUAUAAGGAGUUUGGACUGGAGGGAAACGAGCUCUGGUUGGCUGUAAGCGCAGACAGGCGUGUCAGCAUCUGGGCUGCUGAUUGGACGAAGGAUAAAUGCGAACUGCUUGAUUGGAUGACGUUUCCGGCGCCCAGCCCAUCAGAGGAUGCACUGGCAUUACCGCCCAGUUUGGCUGCGUUCAGCCCCAGUGAGAGAGGAACUGUGGUUUAUACCGGCUACGCUGUGGAAAAAGAGAUCAUCUUUUACUGCCUUUACAAAAAACAGGUUUUGAGGACGAUCUCUCUGGCUGAUUGGGCGCUCUGUCUCGGUCUCUGCUCGACUGGAAGACUGAUCGCUGUUGGAUCAAACCAGCGCGUCCUGAAGCUGAUUCAUUCAUCCAGCGGGCGUUUUCAGGAUUUCGCGUCUCACAGUGACUCUGUUCACGUGUGCAGCUUCAGCUGGUCUGGAUCUCAGCUCUUCACCGCUGCUCAUAAUGAGCUCUUACUGUGGACUGUACACGGAUUAUAAUGCUGACACAACACUAAUGCUAGAGUUUGAGAGUUUGACCUCUCUCAUUUUGGAUUGCACUAGUUACUCUGCUUUCAGAGUUAGUUUUUCUGUUUAGUAGAAAUGUUGCAUUGAUGUUGCAGAGCAGUUUUGCCAUGUUUUACAUCCAGUUAGCAUGACUUGAAGUUUAAAUAGAGUUUUUUAAUCUUUUAAUUUGUUUUUAAUGUUUUUGAUACACUUGGAAAGUUGGUUGUUGGUUUUUAUACUUUCACGCUGUUUAAAAUGAUUUUGCUAGUAAGAAAGACCCUGGAAUUGUUAUGCACUUUGAUCCUCAGAAAUAAAAUUUAUAUAAAAACUGAAGUACUCACAUUGCAUUAAAUAAGGCCAUUACUAUCUAUCGAUCU